AUGUUGCUCCUUGCCCUCUGGAUCGGGGCGGCUAUUGCCCAAGAUGCCAUCACCAGCGAUCAAUGGCUCAUCACACUCAACACUUCAAUCUUUUGGCCAACGUCCACGGAUUACUUCUAUGGUCCCACAACCGGACCUAGCGCAUCCGCCGUGACCUGCAAUGCCGCUUGGGUUGAGUAUGCGCGGCGGUCUACCGAGCUGCGGUCUUUAGGGCCCACGGCCACAAGCCCUUCAUUAGUGUCGUAUAUGACGAGCGAAGGAGCCUGUCGAACUUCAGUUUCACCCGAGGCGUGGUCGAAUACCCAUUCUGGUCCUCUUACCACCCUCUGCGAUGGCGCGCCUCGUGCAUUGGGACCCAGGGAAAUAGUGACAGCGUACUAUCCCGGCACUGGUCCAUGCGCCAGUAGUUACAUAACUAACACUUACACUGAGACCUUCUACCGUGAACCGUCGGUCACUCCAGACUGCACUCUGGAGACGACUGACUGUGUUUCAAUCUGGCAGACAUACUCGAGCAUUUCCAGUUCCUGGCGGGAUUCCGUAGUCACGCCCACACCCGGUGACACCAACAGUCCGAUCCCACCAUUUGACUGUCCAACACCCGCUCGCACGUAUCCAGAAGAAAACCCUUGCUCCAACUGCCACUUUCUUCCUGGAACAGCAACUCUCUUCUACUGGCCCGUCACUACCGCAGCUGGUGAUCUCUGUCUGCAGAACGGAACCACCGUCCCUGCCUCGGGUCCCAGCACCGCCAUUGUGAACGGAGAGACUUUCAUCUCACCCACUGUUUACCUGUCGUUCACGUCUAUCUACGCUUGGAGCAACCGCCGCGCUCAUCCGGGAAGCCAAUGCGGCGUGGACCACAGCAACACCAUCGUUUCCCUGCACCCCUCCACUCUUACGUCGAUGCGCAACCACCGGAACGCGAAAUACCCAAUUAUAGGAACCGCGUAUCCUUUCAAUUUUGCUGAGUUCAUGCCACAUGAAAUUGGAAACUAUACUCAGUCAUUGAUCCCAUGGCCGCAGUACCGCGGUGGCCAGCAAUGCCCGAUUCCGGACGGCAAUACCUGUACCAUGAUUCGGGACGACUAUAUGCCUUGGCUGAUGAUUCCUGAGGAAGUAAGAGAUAUUGACCCAGGGUGGAGUGUUUGCGAUAACGACUGGUAUAUCCCGCCUGUUACAAUGGUUGCGCUUGAUAAGCCAGAGAUAACCAUCACGCCGGCUCCGGAAGCAAGCGAGUUUAGGCUGGAUGCUGCGGCGGCGCCGAAGGAGGGACUCGCGGCGACAACUCCGGAGCCUACUAGGGGUUGGUAAAAGUUCAGUCGCGCUUGUUCGAACGUUCCGAACAAGACAUUCGCGCGACCACGUCGAAGAAAAAUCUGCUUGUUGACUUGCAUAAGAAUUAGCUUCGCUGCAACUAACUUAAGCUCGCCUGGCGAGAUGUUAAUGCUGAUAUUGAUAUUCUUUUCAUGUCACUUUGUUCCAGAGUUUCUUCUUUCUCCCAGAAUAGCUGUAAAGACGGACUCCGAACGGUCCAAACAUCUCAUUAUUUGCACCCA